CUCAGACUCUCAAGCAUUCCACUUCUUCAUCUCUCACGAACAAACAAAAUAUUGUUCAAUUUAUUUCCCCGCUUCCUUUCGAAGCAAUCGCCAACUACUAGAUCCCUCCGAUUUCAUCUCGAUCGAAAACCUAGGGUUUUCUAAACUCUCCCCUUCUCCUCCAUCUCAGAUCCAUGUCAGGCCCCCCCGACGACGAGGAUCACAAAUCCCUCCUUAGAUCUACGCUUCCUUCUUCAUCCGAACCCGAUCUCGAGGCGCAGCCGUCGUCGUCGCCGAAGAGGAGCGGGAUCGGCGAUCUCUUGAGGCAACUAGAUCGGGGCUUAUCGGGGAGGAGAUUGAACAGAAGGCAGUCGGAUCGAGGGCCAUCGCCGUCGCCGGUCGAUGAGCGGUUGAACCAAGACGCUUUGGCCGAUGGAGCGCCGCCGGAGUGGGCGUUGCUGUUGGUUGGUUGCCUUCUUGGGCUCGCCACUGGGCUUUGUGUCGCUGCGUUUAACCGUGGGGUUCAUGUAAUCCAUGAAUGGGCUUGGGCAGGUACCCCGAAUGAGGGUGCUGCUUGGCUCCGAUUACAAAGACUGGCAGACACUUGGCACAGGAUACUUUUAAUUCCCGUGACAGGAGGAGUGGUAGUAGGGAUGAUGCACGGAUUAGUUGAAAUCUUUGAGCAGAUAAGGCAGUCAAGAUCCUCACAAAGGCAAAGUAUUGACUUGUUGGCAGGAAUUUUCCCUACGAUAAAGGCCAUCCAAGCUGCUGUGACUUUAGGUACUGGUUGCUCCUUAGGUCCUGAGGGUCCAAGUGUUGACAUUGGCAAAUCAUGUGCAAUUGGUUGCUCGGAGAUGAUGGAGAACAAUCGAGAGAGGAGGAUUGCUCUCGUUGCAGCUGGUUCAGCUGCUGGAAUUGCUUCAGGGUUUAAUGCUGCUGUUGCUGGGUGUUUCUUUGCCAUUGAAACUGUAUUGAGGCCACUUAGAGCAGAAAACUCACCUCCAUUUACCACUGCUAUGAUAAUUUUGGCAUCUGUUAUAUCAUCUACUGUCUCAAAUGUUUUACUCGGUGAAAGGCCAGCUUUUAUUGUGCCGACGUAUGAUCUAAAAUCUGCUGCCGAAUUGCCAUUGUACCUCAUCCUCGGUAUGUUGUGCGGGGUAGUAAGUGUGGCUUUUAGUCGGUUGGUGACUUGGUUCACAAAAUUCUUUGAAUACAUAAAGGAAAGGUUUGGUCUCCCUGGUGUUGUAUGCCCCGCUUUGGGUGGUUUAGGUGCUGGCAUGAUUGCGCUGAAGUAUCCUGGAGUGUUGUACUGGGGUUUUACCAAUGUUGAAGAGAUCCUGCAUACAGGGAAGACUGCUUCAGCCCCUGGUAUCUGGCUAUUAGCUCAGCUAGCUGGGGCAAAAGUUGUAGCUACUGCUCUGUGCAAAGGUUCUGGACUUGUAGGCGGUCUUUAUGCUCCAAGCUUAAUGAUUGGUGCUGCAGUUGGUGCUGUCUUUGGAGGUUCUGCUGCAGAAUUAAUAAAUUCAGCAAUUCCGGGAAAUGCUGCUGUUGCUCAGCCACAGGCCUAUGCACUUGUUGGAAUGGCUGCUACCCUAGCAUCAGUUUGUUCAGUUCCAUUAACCUCAGUGCUACUACUGUUUGAGCUUACAAAGGACUACCGAAUUUUGCUUCCGUUGAUGGGUGCUGUGGGUUUAGCGAUAUGGGUACCUUCAGUAGUAAAUGAACCCAAGGCCAAUGAUGCUGUUGAGACAAAGGCUGCCCGUGGUUAUUCUUCACUUUCUGCUGAGGAUAAAAGUGACGCAAUGUGGAGACAUCCAGAUGGUAGAAUUGACCUUGAACUCUCUGUUCUAGAAAAUGAUGCUCACCACUAUGGAUUAAUUAGUGAGGAGGCACUUCUGGAUGACCUAAAGGUGUCUCAAGCCAUGUCGACAAAUUUUGUUAAAGUUCCAUCGACUGUGAUGUUGAAAGAGGUUAUGGAUCUCAUGCAUGAUAAACAGCAGAAUUGUGUCCUUGUUGUUGAUGCUGAAGAUUUUCUGGAGGGAAUUCUCACUCUAGGUGACAUAAGGAGGAGAGGGUUCAAUCUUGGGGAUUCUGCAAUCUUUGAUGUGAAUACAUGUUCAAUUUCAUCAUACUUUACCCGGGGCUUCCAGUAUCGAGGUGGCAAACGUGGACUUGUAACUUGUUUUACAGACACAGAUUUGACAACGGCAAAGGAGCUUAUGGAGGCUAAAGGAGUAAAACAAUUACCAGUUGUCAAGCGUGGUGGGCAUCCUAGGAAGCGUAAACUUAUAGCUCUUCUUCAUUAUGAAUCAAUUGGGCGCUAUCUUCGUGAGGAAUUGGAGCGCAAGAAAACUAUUUACCAACAGAGGAGAGAAAACUUUCCAGAAAUUACUACAAAUGGACACUAACAAGAUGCAGCAACAUGAGAAUUGGUUGUGCGCUGCCUGAUAAGGAGAGGCAGUUCCAAGUGGGUGUAUAUUUACCUUGCAGCUGCAUCUCAAAAUUCCGUUACAAGAGGAUGCUUCCAUUUAAUACGGGUACAAGAAAGUAGGAAAAGAUAGAAUACAAACUGGAAGACUCUCCAGCAUCUUCGAUCUUUAAGGUAUAGCCAUGAUGUUUUUGAUGUUCUUCCUAAUCAUGACUGCACAGUUUUUGUAUCUAUUUGUGAAAGUAUAGAAGACAAAGAGGGGCUAACGAGACCCCCAGCACUGUAACAUGAUUCGUAAUCCGUAUGCUCACCACCAAUACAGGCUUUAAGAGAAAAAUAUCUAGUUAUGUGGA